UGCAGUCGGGGCGGGCGCCAGCCCUGCUGCUCAGGUCACGCACAACCGGGCGGACGGUCAGAAGUGUAGUACAGAACGCAACGUUACGAUGGCGAACGAGGCCAGGCCCUGUCCGUGCGCCCUGGGGGACAGGAUGGACUACGGGAGUCUCGGAGAAGAGAUUCGCAUCGAGCACGUCGACGCUUAUGUUGUGAAGCCCACAUCGGCCCCGGGAAAGGCCGUCAUUGUAAUCCAGGACAUCUUUGGAUGGCAACUUCCCAAUACAAGAUACAUGGCCGAUAUGCUGUCUUCAAACGGAUAUAUUGUGGUUUGUCCAGACUUCUUUGUUGGAAAGGAGCCGUGGAGUCCGUCCAAUGACUGGUCAACAUUUCAGCUGUGGCUAGAGGACAGGAAACCUACCAGCAUCAACAAGGAGGUGGACGUGGUUUUGAAGUACCUGAAGGACCAGUGUGGUGCCCAGAGGAUUGGUGUCGUGGGCUUCUGUUGGGGAGGUGUGGCCAGUCACUACAUGGCUCUCCAGUACCCUGAGAUCUCAGCUGGAGUUUCAGUCUAUGGGAUCAUUCGAGAGAAGGAGGACAGUUAUGAACUUAAAAGUCCAACUCUAUUCAUUUUUGGUGAAAAAGACCCAGUGAUACCACUGGAACAGGUGAAAGGCCUUGAGACAAAACUGAAGGAGAGGUGCUCUGUUGACUACCAAGUGAAGAUUUUCCCUAAUCAAACCCAUGGGUUUGUGCAUCGUAAAAGGGAAGACAUCAAUGAGUUGGACAGACCCUACAUUUUGGAGGCCAGGGAAGACAUGGGGCCUUCUGGGCCACCUGUCGUGCCCACCCACCUUGACUCUACACCUGUCGUGCCCACCCGCCCUGACUCUACACCUGUCGUGCCCACCCGCCCUGACUCUACACCUGUCCUGUCCACUAUGCAGGUGUAUCCAAACCCAUUUGACCUGAUCCACAAAAUCCACCAUUUAUUCAUUUAAAACAGGUUUUGCUACCUGAGCUGCAAUUGCCUGACAUGAUUCUUGGUAUUCACAUAUGAUCUUCAAAUGGGUGUCAUGCCAAGGUGUGGGUUACACCAGCCUGUUCCAUGAUAACAGAUCUGUGUUUCUCUCCAUUACAUCUGGGACAACGUAUAGUUUUGAAGAGUCUUAACCUUGAGGUUGGGAGGAGCCAAGAUGUCCAUGAUCUGUUACAGAGUUCCCAGUGAAAGCCCAGGGCUGGCUUGCAAAAACUGCACAAAAUUCUGAAUGGUUACACAUGUAUUGUUAAAGAAGUAACCAAAGAUCAUGAGCUACACCUCUAGCCUUGUUCUCCCCACACACCUAUAUAAUUGGGGCAUACUGUACCCCUGAACUGGGCAACUGGGCCUGGAGCUGCUGUGAAGGGUAUUUCAGACUGAGGUGGUGUAGUAAUUCAUUUGACAAUCUGAUUGUGACCAAGUGGAAUAAACAGUAAUAUUUUUAA